AAUUUUUUUCUGCAGUCAAAAAUUUUUGGUCUCACGCGUAGUUCGUACAUUUCACAAUUUUCAUUGGGAAAACUCGUUGGACAAUUGUCACAUGGGCAAGAUGAGUGAUGUAUAAGUAAUUUUACAUUAAUCGAUGUUCUAAUAUAUUUAAAGUAAAUUUGUAGUUAUGUAAACGAAACAAUUUGUCACGGACUUUUCAAUCGAAAUCUUAAACGAAAUGAACUUUCAUAAUCCGUUUUGAGCACAUUUUCGCUUCCCUUGUGACUUUGACGUAUUAAAGUGUGUGGCAAAAAAUACAAAAAGAAAAAAAAAAAAGAAAAUUGGCACGAAAAAUCAGUGUUUUUUUUUCCUAAAUAAAAUUACAUAAAAACGUUAAUAGUAUGAAUUCAAUUGCUUUGAAUGUGAAUUGAAUUUUUUUUGCAAAUGUGAGUGUGAAUGUGGAAUUGAGAAUAAAAACAAAAACCAAUAAAAAUAAUAUUAGACGCAGUAGUGUAGCAUGCAUUCACUCAGCUGGACUUCGAGAUUAAUCUCGCGUGCUUUGCGUAGUGGUUUCUCGACCUUAGUGGAAUCCGCCAAUAAAAGUGCACCUACUCCUAACGCCAGUAAAUCAAAACCACAUUUCGUGUCGGUCGUGUGUGGUUUCCCCAAAGACUUUCUAACAUCCCGCUACAAACCAGGCAAAUAUGGAGAAGACUCAUAUUUCAAGACUUCCACCAAUACGGCGGACGUAAUUGGCGUUGCCGAUGGCGUUGGGGGAUGGCGUAGUUACGGUAUUGAUCCCGGAGAGUUUUCAUCAUUUCUCAUGAAGACAUGUGAACGUCUAGUCCAUUGUGUUAAUUUUAACCCACAACGACCUGUUAAUCUCUUAGCUUAUAGUUAUUGCGAAUUGUUAGAACAAAAAAAACCAAUUCUAGGCAGCAGUACAGCGUGUGUGCUGGUGCUGAACCGUGAGAAUAGCACAGUCUAUACAGCGAAUAUCGGAGACAGUGGCUUCAUGGUGGUACGAAGUGGUGAAAUCGUACACAAAUCAGAGGAGCAACAACACUAUUUCAAUACGCCUUUUCAACUAUCAUUGCCUCCACCAGGACACGGCCAUAAUGUGCUUAGCGAUAGUCCAGAUUCAGCUGAUACACUCAGCUUUCCCGUAAAGGAUGGUGAUGUUAUAUUAGUAGCAACAGAUGGUGUAUUCGAUAAUGUGCCAGAAAAGCUG